GGUGUCCGGGAGGGCGCUGGGCGCGUGCGCAGUGCGGUCGGGCCUGCGGGGCCGCGGUGUUUCCUGCCCCGGGAUGUCGGGUCCGGGGGGCCCGGGCCCCGGCGGGGGGAAGCUGGACAUCAACCGCGCCGGGGUGUCCGAGCUGGAGGGGGCGCUGAGCGGCAUCGGCCGGCGCCGGGCCCGGGGCAUCGUGCGCAAGAGAGAGGAGCUGAAGGGCUUCAACUCGCUGGAUGACCUGCUGCACGUCAAGGGCAUCACCACCCGCAUCCUGGAGCUGAACAGCCAGCGCAUGACUUGCAGGCGGAGGCCGAGCAGCGAGGAGGCCCCUGGCGAGAGCCCUAGCCAGCAGGGGCACGAUGCUCCUGUUCCUCAGAUGCUGGCUGAGGAGGAGAACGGUGUCCAGGCUGCCUGGGAGUCAGAGGAAUCGGAUUGCUCGGGUGUCGAAGGGGGUUCUGGUCCAGAGUCCGAUGGCUCCAGAGUGCGGGUGGGGCAGGAGCCCGAGGAGCCGGCCAGCCUUGGGCGGCUGGAGCCCGCCAGCUCCAGAGUCUGUGGGGCACAGGAGGAGGAGGAGGAGGAGGGGAGCUGCUGCAGUGAUGAAGGGGAGGACGGCAGUGAUGUCUAUUUCUAUUACACCAUUGGCGAGCGCUGGAUUGACUAUCUGGAGAGGACCGAGGAGGGCAGUCUCAUCCGACACGUGCGGCCAAAGAUGAAGCGGAAGUCGGAGAACGGCCUGGACAGCAGGGCCCUGUCCCCUGGCAAGAAGCUCUGCAAGGGCUCCGAGUACGGCAGGACGCUGGGCCCCUGCAUUCCCAGCCCCACCACCACCUUUGGGGACCUGCGCAACGCCAAGCCGGGCCAGGGCCGCCGGCGCCGCAUCCCUUCGGUCGCCCCGCCCCCAGAGCUGCAGGACUGGCUCCGCACCUUUCAGAGGUGGAGCGGCCCGGAGAAGCUGCUGGCGCUGGACGAGCUCAUUGACCGCUGCGAGCCCUCCCAGAUCAAGUACAUGAUGCAGGUGAUUGAGCCGCAGUUCCAGAGAGACUUUAUCUCCCUGCUGCCCAAGGAGCUGGCGCUCUACGUCCUGUCCUUCCUGGAGCCCCGGGACCUGCUCCGCGCCGCCCAGACCUGCCGCUACUGGAGGGUCCUGGCUGAGGACAACCUGCUGUGGAGGGAGAAGUGCCGGGAGGAAGGCAUCGAGGAGCCCCUGAACCUGCGGAAGCGGCGCCUGCUGAGUCCCGGCUUCAUGUACAGCCCCUGGAAAUUCGCCUUCAUGCGGCAGCACAAAAUCGACAUGAACUGGCGCAGCGGAGAACUCAGAGCUCCCAAGGUCCUGAAGGGACACGACGACCACGUCAUCACCUGCCUGCAGUUCUGUGGCAACCGCAUUGUCAGUGGCUCCGACGACAACACGCUGAAGGUCUGGUCGGCCGUCACCGGCGAGUGUGUGCAGACCCUGGUGGGUCACACGGGGGGCGUCUGGUCGGCCGUCACCGGCGAGGUGAGCCCGGCCUCGGGCUGUGGGCUCCCCCUGUGGCUGUGUGCAGACCCUGGUGGGUCACACGGGGGCGUCUGGUCGGCCGUCACCGGCGAGUGUGUGCAGACCCUGGUGGGUCACACGGGGGGCGUCUGGUCGGCCGUCACCGGCGAGUGUGUGCAGACCCUGGUGGGUCACACGGGGCGUCUGGUCGGCCGUCACCGGCGAUGUGUGCAGACCCUGGUGGGUCACACGGGCGUCUGGUCGGCCGUCACCGGCGAGUGUGUGCAGACCCUGGUGGGUCACACGGGGGGCGUCUGGUCGGCCGUCACCGGCGAGUGUGUGCAGACCCUGGUGGGUCACACGGGCGUCUGGUCGGCCCGCACCCGCGAGUGUGUGCAGACCCUGGUGGGUCACACGGGGGGCGUCUGGUCGGCCGUCACCGGCGAGUGUGUGCAGACCCUGGUGGGUCACACGGGGGGCGUCUGGUCGGCCGUCACCGGCGAGAGUGAGCACAUCCUGGUGGGUCACACGGGCGUCUGGUCGGCCGUCACCGGCGAGUGUGUGCAGACCCUGGUGGGUCACACGGGGGGCGUCUGGUCGGCCGUCACCGGCGAGUGUGUGCAGACCCUGGUGGGUCACACGGGGGGCGUCUGGUCGGCCGUCACCGGCGAGUGUGUGCAGACCCUGGUGGGUCACACGGGGGGCGUCUGGUCGGCCGUCACCGGCGAGUGUGUGCAGACCCUGGUGGGUCACACGGGCGUCUGGUCGGCCGUCACCGGCGAGUGUGUGCAGACCCUGGUGGGUCACACGGGGGGCGUCUGGUCGGCCGUCACCGGCGAGUGUGUGCAGACCCUGGUGGGUCACACGGGGGGCGUCUGGUCGGCCGUCACCGGCGAGUGUGUGCAGACCCUGGUGGGUCACACAGGGGGCGCCUGGUCGGCCGUCACCGGCGAGUGUGUGCAGACCCUGGUGGGUCACACGGGCGUCUGGUCGGCCGUCACCGGCGAGUGUGUGCAGACACUGGUGGGUCACACAGUGGGCGCGUGGUCGGCCGUCACCGGCGAGUGUGUGCAGACCCUGGUGGGUCACACGGGGGGCGUCUGGUCGGCCGUCACCGGCGAGUGUGUGCAGACCCUGGUGGGUCACACGGGGGGCGUCUGGUCGGCCGUCACCGGCGAGUGUGUGCAGACCCUGGUGGGUCACACGGGGGGCGUCUGGUCGGCCGUCACCGGCGAGUGUGUGCAGACCCUGGUGGGUCACACGGGGGGCGUCUGGUCGGCCGUCACCGGCGAGUGUGUGCAGACCCUGGUGGGUCACGGGGGCGUCUGGUCGGCGCAGUGUGUGCACACGCUGUACGGACACACGUCCACCGUGCGCUGCAUGCACCUGCACGGGAGCAGGGUGGUGAGCGGCUCGCGGGACGCCACGCUGCGCCUCUGGGACAUCGAGACGGGGCAGUGUCUGCACGUGCUGAUGGGGCACGUGGCCGCCGUGCGCUGCGUCCAGUACGACGGGCACAAAGUGGUGAGCGGGGCCUAUGACUACACGGUGAAGGUGUGGGACCCGGAGAGCGAGAGCUGCAUCCACACCCUGCAGGGCCACACCAACCGCGUCUACUCCCUGCAGUUUGACGGGACGCACAUUGUGAGUGGCUCCCUGGACACGUCGAUCCGGGUGUGGGACAUGGAGAGCGGUAACUGCCUGCACACGCUGAUGGGGCACCAGUCGCUCACCAGUGGCAUGGAGCUGCGGGACAACAUCCUGGUCUCGGGCAAUGCAGAUUCUACCGUCAAGAUCUGGGACAUCAAGACCGGCCAGUGCUUGCAGACGCUGCAGGGGCCCAGCAAGCACCAGAGCGCCGUCACCUGCCUCCAGUUCAGCUCCAAGUUCGUGGUGACCAGCUCGGACGACGGCACCGUCAAGCUCUGGGACCUCAAGACGGGCGAGUUUGUGCGCAACCUGGUGGCCCUGGAGAGCGGGGGCAGCGGGGGGGUGGUGUGGCGCAUUCGCGCCUCCAACACAAAGCUGGUGUGUGCUGUGGGCAGCCGCAACGGCACCGAGGAGACCAAGCUGCUGGUGCUGGACUUCGACGUUGACCUGAAAUGAGCCCCAGCCAAGCCGGGAUGGGAUGGAGGAUCCCGCAGGCCGGGCACAGCAGCUGGGCUCCGCAGGGCAGGCCCCGGAGCAGGCCUCAGCCCCUCUGCAGGGCUGUAAAUACUGUCUCCAGCCUGCCUCCGCCUUAUUUAUAUGUGCGAGAGCGCCCGGGCUGGGACUGGCAGGGAGGGCCCUGCACAGCCAGGGGCCUGGACAGAGGGAACGCAGCAUGUUUUGUACACACUAAUAUAUCAAUUUAUUUCUGUA